AUGGCUUCACAACAUCCUAUUAUUGUUGUUCUUGGAUCAACGGGAAAUCAGGGCAGAGGCGUGGUACAAUCACUUCUGCGCGAACCCUCGCCUACGACGUGGCAUGUUCGCGCCGUUACCCGGAAUUCGGAAUCUCCUGCGGCCCAGGAGCUUCUGAAUGCUUUCCAAACGCCCGACAAGCGCUUGAGUCUUCAGGCUGGUGAUAUUUACGAUAUAGCAAGCCUCGAAGAUGCUUUCAGUGGGGCGCAUGGUGUGUUUGCGGUGACUAGCGAACACUCGAGCAAAAUUAUUGCGAACGAAGAAGGCAUGAAACAUGAACUACAAGCCGGCAGAAACAUUGUUGGUGCCGCGAAAAGUUGCAAUGUGAAGCACUUCGUUCUCAGCAGCUUGCCCGACAUGAAAAAAGUCACGUCGGGACGGUUUGAAAAGAUCUUUCAUAUGGACCAUAAGUCCAUUAUUGAGCAAUGGGCCAAAGAAGAACUAUCAGCAGUAACCUGCCUCAUUCCUGAUGGAGUUGUUCGCUUUUGUCCACCGAUCCCGGCCACCAAGCUUGUUGAAUGGGUCGAUCCCGAGCACGACAUGGGGCUCUUUGCUGCACGAGUCUUUUCCCUGGGAAUCACGAAGACAAAUGGCAAGAACUAUUUUGUUGGUGGUAAAAAGUUCCGCAUGCAAGAUCUCGCUUCGACAUUCACACGACACACUGGCCAACCGGCAGUCUACAAUCCGAUCACUAUUGAUGAGUGGGCCGACAUAGCUUCGCGUGAGGUUGGUCCCGGAUUCAAAGAGGAUAUUCGCCAGAUGAUGGAAUGGUUCUCAAUUGCCCCAGAGGAGAAAAGAUGUUAUGGCGCCCUCGAUCCUGCUGAUGACGUUGCGCAAGAGGAACUUGGCUUAGGAGCUAGUUCCUUCGAAGAUUGGUUGAAACGUUCUAAUUGGGCUGGACCAUAA